UGAAAUUUAACAUGAUUUUUAUUUUCUAUCCAUAAAUACAUGAAUAUAAAAAUAAAUAAAAGAUCAAACAUUUUGGUGGGCCACUAGGCCCACGAACGAGCCCACACAAUUUAAACCCAAAAAAGAAGCCGAAGGCAACAUUCUUAAAAGCACCGCUUGGCGCUUGCUUAAACAUGUAGCCGUUGCAAUUGCGAAAUCAAUCCUAUUUCAAACGGCCUAAAUUCUUCACUAUAUAAAUUCAAAAUCCCCUCUUCCAUCUUCUUCCAAAAUCACACGAAACAAACUCUCAAAACAACACACAGAGAUUGAGACUUCUCUUAGAAAACAUUACCGAUUCGACGUCGUCGCAAUGGCAUCAUCGAGGCGCAGAAGCUCCUGCUCAUUCCUCACUCUCCUCCUCUCAUUCUUCAAUUUCAUCCUCUUCAUCCUCUCCGCCGCCUCCCUAGCGCCGACGAUCGCCCUCAGAAUGCCGCCGACCUCCCUCGGCUGGGCGUUCCUGAUGAUCUCCGGCGUCUCGCUGCUGUCGUCGUUCGUCGGAUUCUACUCCCACCUCGCUCGCUUCUGCUUCAUCACGCACGUCUCGCUCCUCCUCGCCUCGUCGGCCGGGCAACUGCUGGGGAUCCUGGUCCUAUUCACGAAGGAGAAGUCGAGCCUCGAGAUGCUGAGAUCGGCGAGGGAUCCGCGAGAGGCGAAGGUGCUGGUGAGGCUGGAGUGCGGGGUUCUGAUGGCGAUGUUUGUGAUGCAAUUGGGGGUUUUGGUGGUGAGCUGCGUGGUGCAGAGCUGCUGGGUGAGGGAGUACGAGGGGCUGGAGGCAGAGAGGGAGGCCACGGCGAGGAAGAGGCGGCAGAAGAUCGCGAGGGUACAGGAGGAGUCGGUGGCCAAUGCGGCGACGGCGGUGGAAAUGAAAAAUAAGGAUUUUGAUGAGAAGAUGAUCAAUAAGUACGGCAAGUGGACGGAGAAUGAUAUCUAACUUAUUUAUUUUUUUAUUUAUUUUUAUGUGUGUAAAAUUGUUCAUUGAUUGAUGGAGAUUUAUGAUUUUUUAUUUGUUUAA